CUUUCAGCUCGCUUCGCUAUCGCUCCCUCUUCCCACCACCACCACCACCAACCAUGCUCCUCCACCACCGCCAUCGCCUUCCCGCCCACAUUCUCCUUUUCUUGCUCUCAUUCCCUCUCUUGACGGCCGCAUCGCCCUUUCCCAACUCCUCCCUGCAUCUCGACGCUCACCGCGACCCCGAUUCCGUCGCCCGCGAGGUCCAGAGGCAGGUGGAGUUCUCCCACCGGCGUGCCCUCCUGGCCGCGGGCGCCAAGGACCAGUGCGUCACCGGCAACCCCGUUGAUGACUGCUGGCGGUGCUCCGGCUCGGACUGGCGGCAGGACCGGCAGCGACUCGCGGACUGCGGCAUCGGCUUCGGCCGCGAUGCCCUGGGGGGGAAGGGCGGGCCGAUCUACGUGGUGACGGACCCGUCGGAUCGCGACCCGGUGAAUCCCGCCGCGGGCACCCUCCGGUACGGCGCCAUCCAGGAGGGGCCCCUGUGGAUCACCUUCGCCCGCGACAUGACCAUCCGCCUCAACGAGGAGCUGCUGGUGAACAGCUUCAAGACCAUCGACGGCCGUGGCGCCGUGGUCCACAUCGCCGGCGGCGCCUGCAUCACCCUUCAGUACGUCUCCAAUAUCAUCAUCCACAACGUGCACGUCCACCACUGCGUCCCCGCGGGCGAGGCCAACGUGCGCUCCUCCCCCACCCACUACGGCUGGCGCACCCGGUCCGACGGCGACGGCAUCUCCAUCUACAGCGGGCGCAAGAUCUGGGUGGACCACUGCGCGCUGUCCUACUGCGCCGACGGGCUCAUCGACGCCGUCAUGGGCUCCACCGGGAUUACCAUCUCCAACAAUCACUUCUCGCACCACAAUGAGGUGAUGCUGCUGGGUCACAGCGACGACUACCUGCCGGACUCGGGGAUGCAGGUGACCAUCGCGUUCAACCGGUUCGGGGAGGAGCUGGUGCAGCGGAUGCCUCGUUGCCGGCGCGGUUACUUCCACGUUGUGAACAACGACUUCACGGCGUGGCAGAUGUACGCCAUCGGCGGCAGUGCCAACCCCACCAUCAACAGCCAGGGCAACCGCUACAUCGCCCCCACCAACCCCGGCGCCAAAGAGGUGACGAAGAGGGUGGACACGGAGGAAAGCGACUGGAGCGGGUGGAACUGGCGGACGGAGGGGGACGUGAUGGUGAACGGAGCGUUCUUCGUGGCGUCCGGGCAGGGGCUUGAGGCCAAGUACGCCAAGGCCUGGAGCGUCGAACCCAAGUCCGCGGCCCUCAUCGACCAGCUCACCGGCAACGCGGGCGUCCUCGGUGGGCCCAGGGACAACAGCGUGGGGCCGGGGAACUCCGGAGUCAACUAUGUUGGGUCCGCCACCACUCAAGACGGUGGCGAAGGCGGAUAUGGGUCCCUUGGUAUGGUGUUUGCAAGCGUCGCGCCACCGCCAUCUGCUCCGCCAAUCUUCUCCUCCGUCAGUAUCUUCUUGUCUUUCUAUUUAAUUGUCGCAGCUCUCUUCUCUCUUUGUAGACCCUGAAGCUGAAAUAGAAAAGCCUUGUUGUUUCGGAAGAUCAAAAAAAUGCAGAUGUAAAUGAUUCUCUUGUAGUUUGAUCUAA